CCUCUCCUGGGCUGUCAGGGUCGGGAAGUCCUCCUCUGGUUCGCUCGCUUUUCCCGCCGCCAUCUUCUUUUCCUCAUCGCUGGGAGCCGCGCCGAGGCUCCGGGCGGCGGCGCAGGCGGCGGCGGCGGCGACGGACACGCCGCACGACUGCAUGGGAAACACCGGCGCGACACCGGCACCGACUGCUCUGCUCCGCCGAAUCAAAGGGGGGAAACUGGCGGAAACACAAUGAUCGGAAACUUUUCCCCAGGAUAAUCAGAUGCGAUGCGAUGUAGUAAAUCCUGUCGGGGGGGACUGAAGCGCUCUCCGGGUAGCUGCUCUAACGUCACAUUUUUCAUAGCAAAGUAAUACGACGUAGCUGUUUUUUGAAUGCAAAAAAAACUGUCGUCUAUGGCGCACAGAAUGGGGGGUAUUUGACAAUAAAAUGCGUUUCGCCUGCGAAGAUAAAGUUGUUAUAAUUGUGAAACCCAAGCGAACCCACGCGCCGCUCUGGCCCCGCCCUCUUUCUCCCCUCCAGCCAAUAGGAGCGCUCCGUUCCCCCCAUAUGACUUCCCUGCUUUUGCUGCGUUCCAUUUACCUCGGAAGUGGGAACUCGGAACUGGGAAUGACGUCACAGCCGAGUUAUCAGCGUUCCAGUUACAAAGUAGCAGGUCAAGACGAGCCUGAGAGCGAGGAUGAGGUGUAUGAGGUGGUGGACCUGACGGAGUACGCCCGGAGGCAUCAGUGGUGGAGCCGGGUGUUUGGCAGCAACUCCGGCCCGAUCGCUGAGAAAUACUCAGUGGCGACUCAGCUGAUGAUGGGAGGGGUGACGGGCUGGUGUGCCGGCUAUGUCUUUCAGAGAGUUGGGAAAAUAGCAGCGACCGCUGUUGGUGGAGGAUUCCUUCUUCUACAGAUGGCCAACCACAGUGGCUACGUGCAGGUGGACUGGAAGAAAGUGGAGAAGGAUGUGAACAAGGCCAAGAAGCAUCUCAAGAAGAAAGCAAACAAAGCUGCGCCUGAAAUAAACACGUUCAUUGAGGAGGUAAAGGCCACAGAUUUUAUAAAGAGGAACAUCAUCCUGUCCAGCGGAUUUGUCGGCGGCUUCUUUCUUGGAUUGGCCUCUUAAAGCUGCUGCACACGUCUCCACUUACUGUGAACUUCAUCACUACAUCAGUCACUUUGCUUCCUGUUUACGUCAUCGCCCUUUAUUUCUACUUAUUAAUCACUGAAUUAAGUGAGAGUGGUGGGGUGGGGGUGUGCACUCCUCAGAACAUUUAAGCAUGACCUGUUGUGGUAUUAACCGUUUACCUCCCAGUUUUAAUCCAUUCUUGUUCCACGUUUGGGUGGGAUGGCGUACACAUUUGGAAGUGUUUCUUGAUUCAGUGGAGGAACGCGUCCUUGCGGGACUGUGUGGAUCUCUUUUCUUUUCCAGACUGAGGCCGUAAACAAACACAGAUUCCUGUUGAUUUGGAAGCAAGUCAGCAUUUGCAUCGUUGUACAUGUAAAGCCAACCUCUUUUCAGAGCUGUAAAUAUACAAGAGUACAUAUAUAAAUAUAGAAACAAUAUGGGUGGGAAGCUGUUACCAACACCUAGACUUAUGCGUUGAAUGACUUUUUAUGUAGCUGUGAACCUCGCCAGGUUUACAUGUUGCUCAGAGCAGGACCACCAACGUAUAUACAAUAUUUGUUUAGGUUGUUGUCAGGUCCGUGAUCAACUGCUGCUUUAUAGAUUUGACGGUGUUAAAUUAAACUCCACUGCUCUUUAAUGACGGGAAGACCAUCUGCUGAACCCCGUUUACGACCAAGAGACUCAAGUCCAGCGGUUAAAGGGCAUAACGGAGCAGCGAUUGACUCGUACAUCCUCGUUUUCGUCGUCGUGUCCAUGCAGGAAUAAUGAGUUCAGCCGAGUUGUGCAUCAAUACUUUAGAUAUAAAGUUACUUACUUUUCUGUUUUUGCCUUUUUCUGUUAGUGCAAUAUACUGAUCUGUUUCAGAUUAGAUUUAUUUUCUUUAAUUUAUUGAAGAGUUUGUUGUAUCUUUGGUGUUUUUUAUUAUUGUUUCUAUUUAACUUUAUUUUGAUAAGCUGGUAUGUAUUUGUUUGGUCAUUUCUUGAAUAAAAUUGCCUGAAUUUGUUUUAAGUGAGAUUAAAGUUUUAAAAAGCUGUUUUGU